AUGACGCCCCUGACUAACUCAGCCCAAUUCGACCGGAGUAGUUCAGUAACUGACCCUCGACAUCCCGAGGAUAACUCUGCUCGAGUUCCUCCUGUAUUCAGGGGUGGAGACCAAAAUAUCCUGCUUUUUUCUACCCAAAAAGUUUGCUCCAGAUUUCAUAUCCCCAGAUCUCAUCCUUCCUUCAAAAUUUCUGCCGCUACCAAAAGAACCAUGACUCAAUUCCGUAAUUUUUCCACGAAAAUUUCAAACUCUUCUCUCGCCAAUACGGUGGAGGAUGCCCAGGUGUCGUCGCCCGAGCCCAGGCCGCAGUCUCUGCCUCGCAAGCCGUGGCUCAUCGUCAGUCUCGGUAAUCCCGUUAAGAAAUUCAAUGGCACCGGCCACAACGUGGAUUUUAUGAUGGUAGACGCUAUAGCUGAGGCUAAAGAGAUUUCUAUUAACACAGUUAACUUUAAAGCUCAAAUUGGAAAAGGAUUUAUAGGAAAUGUUCCUGUCAUGCUUGCCAAACCGCAAACGUUUAUGAACUCAAGUGGUGAGUCUGUUGGGGCCAUUGUAUCAUAUUACAAGAUUCCAUUGAAGCAAGUUCUGGUGAUUUUUGUGCAUCCUUGAUUCCAACCCACCGCAUGAAAGAGUUCCAGAUUUGAAGCUUAGAGAUUUCUAUUUUGUACUUUAUAUAAUUGCUUUUUGAUUUGUUGUCUUGCAUGAAGUGAUCUACUACACCUUCAAUGGAGAGAAUAUUUGCUUAAAGUAUAAGACACAAAUGAUUAAAUUGUAUUGUCUAAGAUUCGAGAAUCAAGAGGUCUUAGUCUCCCAAUUGACUUCCUUGAGCUAGUUUGAUAAGCAUGCAAGUCGUAUUGUUUCUUGAUGAUUAAUGUGUUGUUUUUUAAGGAUAAUUGAAUUUCUCAAACACUAGUAAACUGUUUUA